AUGCCGUCUUCAAUGAACUUUAACAUUUUCAAACCAAAGCAAAAGACCCCUCACGAUCUGGUCAAGCUGACAAAAGAUGCCAUUGCUCGACUGGAUGGUUCGGAUCGACGCAAGGCAAACGAGGAGAUUUCCAAGCACCUUGUAUCUAUGAAGACUAUUCUCUAUGACAACGACCCAAGCCCGGAUCAAGUAGCACAGUUAGCUCAAGAGAUUUACAACAAUGAUUUACUUCAGGCGCUUGUACUUAAUAUCAGUAAACUCGACUUUGAGGCAAAGAAGGACGUGGCACAAAUCUUUAACAACUUGCUACGAAGGCAAAUUGGUUCUCGGUUGCCAACGGUGGAAUAUUUGUGUACAAGAGAGGAAUUACUGUUUACCUUGUUGCGUGGUUACGACCAUCCCGAAGUGGCAUUGAAUUGCGGCUUGAUUUUACGCGAAUGUCUCAGGAACGAAGCCCUUGCCAAGAUCAUCCUUUAUUCUCCCAACUUUUAUUUGUUCUUUGACUAUGUCGAGAUGAGCACUUUUGAUAUCGCCUCCGAUGCAUUUGCUUCUUUCAAGGAAAUUCUCACAAAACACAAACAAAUGGUUGCCGAGUAUCUGGAUGCCAACUAUGACGAGUUUUUCGAUCAUUACAAGCGACUCUUGACUUCAUCCAACUAUGUCACAAAACGCCAAUCACUCAAGUUGCUGGGCGAGAUUCUUUUGGAUCGAUCCAACUUUAACGUCAUGACUCGAUAUAUCAGCAAUGCAGAAAACCUCAAGCUCAUGAUGAAUUUGUUGCGAGAUCGUAGUCGGAAUAUUCAAUUUGAAGCUUUUCAUGUGUUCAAGGUGUUUGUUGCCAAUCCCAACAAGAAUAAGCCUAUCCUGGACAUUCUUCUCAAGAACCAAGAAAAGUUGGUCGUGUUCCUGAACAAUUUCCACAAUGAUAGACAAGAUGAUGAACAAUUCAAUGAUGAGAAAGCUUUCCUUAUCAAACAAAUCCAAGAUCUGAGACCUGUGCAUGAAUAA